CGUAACUUUUUUCUAUGUUACUUUCUAUGUUAUAGACCUUUUCCUUCUAAAAGUGAUCAGCAAACAGGCAGCAAAAUGUUGAUGCCAAAAAAGAACCGUAUUGCCAUAUACGAAUACCUUUUCAAGGAAGGUGUUAUGGUAGCCAAAAAGGAUUACCAUGCCCCGAAGCAUCCUGAAUUGGAGCAAAUUCCAAACUUGCAAGUUAUUAAAGCCAUGCAGUCCCUUAAAUCCAGAGGUUACGUUAAAGAACAAUUUGCCUGGCGUCAUUUCUAUUGGUAUUUGACAAAUGAGGGAAUCGAAUAUCUGCGUGGAUUCUUGCAUUUACCACCAGAAAUCGUUCCUUCAACACUUAAGAGACAAGUAAGGUCUGAAACUUCAAGACCUAGGCCUGCUGCUGGACCAAGAAACGAAGCUUCUAGACCAACAGAAGACCGUGCUGGGUACAGGAGAGGACCUGGAGGUCUUCCUGGACCUGGUGAUAAGAAAACUGAUGUUGGUGCAGGAACUGGUGAUUUAGAGUUCCGUGGAGGUUUUGGACGUGGAAAAGCUCCUUAAAUGAUUAUAUAUUAAUAAAAAUAUAUAUCAAACAAAAAACAUCUUAA